AUGGCGGGCAAAAACUCACUGUCCACGAGCAAAGGCAAACGAGAAAUCGUGGCUGAUAUCAAAGUUAUUUUACUAGAUCAUUCUUAUUCCAAAUCGUGGAUACCUCAUCCUGGAUAUAAUUCGAAUCGACCGGCUAAAUCCAUUUUUGUGCCCAAGUUUUAUUCUCAUGAUUCGAGAAGUUCCUCGGACGAUGUCACCAUCGAUGGCAGGGUAGAAAUGAAUAGGCAUUUAAGCUCCAGUUACUACGAUGUUGCCAAAGCGCGAAAUGUCAUGUCAGAGUGUGAGAAACAUAUUGGCCUCGUAGUGGCUAAACGAGCAAAACCACUUUAUGACGAUAUUGACGAUAUUCCUAGAACGGGAUGGACAUUUCGACAAAAUCAGUUAUUCGAUAAAGUCAGUCGGUCAAUCAACUCAUGUCGGUUGGCAAAAUUAGCUUGCGAAACGACUGCCAACGAACCUAUACUACGGAGGAAUUGUAUUGACAAAGCAGCGAGGAAUGUGCGACAAAUAUUUGCUCUUAUACGAUGGGAUCCUAAGCUAUUGUUAUGGCUGCAUACGCUAUUGAUGGACAAUCUCUCUACUACUUACUUAUCUGAUUACCUAGAUAUUUUACAGACACUGCGGGCUAAGUGCCCUUCAAUGGUUGACAAAUUAAUUGGUAUGUAUGCGUCCGAUUGUCAGAAUCCGACUGGAAGCGAAGCUUUACAGUUGUUGUUAAACCGUAAAUGGGAUCCUUUGGUUGGCACUGUCAAUCAACACAAAUCUUUCUUAUCGGAAUUAAACACCCCCCUCCUUUUGCUUGUUCCCAACGGCCCUACGCAACCAUCAAACUCUACUUCUCGAAGGCUGCGCGCCUGGCAAAGCCAUUUAUCGACGUGCGGUAAAGUCGUUCCAAUUACCAUGCAUUCUACUAAGAAUGUAAACGUAUCUCAAUGUCUGGACCAUAUGAUUGGAGCGGUUAGAACCAAAAUAUUGGAGUUAAAGUGUCACUUUCCAAAACGUCCUAUUGUCUUAGCUGGCUGGUGUGCCGGAGCAGCUGUUGCUUGCAGGGUUGCUAUAAUAGAAUCUAUCGAGGGUGUCAUUUGUUUAGGUUUUCCAACAGUAGGGCUAGAUGGCAUGAGAGGGGAUAUCGAAGAUCCAGUUCUAGCUCUUACAACACCAACCUUAUUUGUAGUUGGUACAGAAUCACGAGCAUCUUCACCAGACGAUAUAGAGGAAUUGAGGCAAAAUAUGAGUGCAAAUACUAGUUUAUUCAUCGUUGGUGGUGCUGAUGAACAGCUUCGACUUAGUCAUCAGGUUAAAAGGCGAGAAUGUGUCACGCAGACGAUUGCAGAUAAAAUGAUUCAAAAUGAAAUCGCUGAAUUCCUCAGUCGAACCUUGACUCGACGUGGCAUAAAUGAUGAAAACUAUUCAAAUCCUGUUACAAAACCUAACAAUCAAAGAAAGCGGAAAAGGCCAAGUCCCAACUUGUCCAAGGACUCUAUAAAAUCCACUCCGCCAAAGACUGGUUGGUAUUGA